AAGGGGGGGAGGGACGUGCUUCGGGUGUUGGCCGAAGACAAGACUAAGACUUGCUUCUUCUUCCUCUCGUGGUUUGUGGUUGUUGACUACUGAUAUAGUACGCCCAUCUUUGUUCCAUAUACCCCAGACGGGGGAGGGGAAGAGAUCGACAGGCUAUGCACCUCAGGGGUGGAGCUAAUUAUUCAUGAAAUGAAUUCCGGUGAUGAUGAUGGAGGUCAACUACAGGUGGGGGGCGUGGGGAGCGGUGUGUUGUGCUAGCGGGUGUAUUGGAUGCCUUCACCAAACCACGACCGAGACGAUGACAGAUUGGAAUGCCGGACCGCGAUUAAAAGUUCAGCCGUUACAUCAUCGCCCACAAACUGUGUCACGAAGGAGGCCCAAGGCCCAACGCAAGACAGGGCCAGAUGUGCCCCUCUGCCGGCUCUUGGCGGUUCUCUACCGGUAUUAUUGCCAGCCAGCAGCAGCUCGGCACUUUGUCACCUUGUCACCAAGCAUAGAGCCAAUAGCCACAACUGCAGUAACCGUCCAACCUUCCAACCGUCCACUCUGAGGCCCCAGCGCGCCUCUGAGGGCAGACCUGCUCGUGGCAUAUUGGAGCUGCGCGGUGGGAUGCAGGUGAUACGGUGGGGAGCAGGUCUCGUGCAUCGUCACGGGGCGGGGGCAUCGCGACUCGGGGUAAUGCCUCGCGUUUUCCUCAUGUGCGGUUGGUGUGGGUUGUGCCGUGGUCAAGUGCGGUGCGUCUUGGCCUCGUCGUCUGGCCAUGUACUUGAACCGACCAUGGAGGGACUUGGGCUGCUGUUGUGUGUGUGCGGUGAGGUACGUGGGUGUGCCUCUCUAUGUACAUGAGCCCGCGGGUGUUGAGUGUGUGUGGGCAUCGCGGGUAGUU